GGUACUCUCUGUCGCUCUCCUCGUCUCCGCUCCGGCCCGCAGCGGGGUGCGGGCGCAGCCGCCGCCAUGUGGAUCGCCCCCUUUCUCCUCGGUGUCUUCCUGCUCUCCAGCCCCGUGCAUGGGAGCGACGGCUCGGCUUCCACUGCUAUCACAUGCUUUACAAGAGGACUUGACCUUAGAAAGGAGACAGAAGAUGUGCUUUGCCCAGCAAACUGCCCUCUAUGGCAAUUUUAUGUCUUUGGGGAUGGAAUCUAUGCCUCUCUUUCCAGUGUCUGUGGAGCUGCCAUACACAGGGGGGUGAUCACCAAUGCAGGAGGAGCUGUAAGGGUCCAGACUCUCCCAGGACAGGAAAACUACCCUGCUGUAAAUGCCAAUGGGAUCCAGUCUCAGGUGCUCUCUAGAUGGGCUUCAUCUUUCUCAGUGACUCGUACCAAGAAUACAGCACUUGAAGCAGUUGGACGAUCAGUAUCCACAGCACGUCCUGCUACAGGUAAAAGACCUAAGAAGCCACUUGAUAAAAAGGCUGGGAACAAAGACUGUAAAGCUGAUAUUGCAUUUCUCAUUGAUGGAAGUUACAACAUUGGCCAACGUAGAUUUAAUUUGCAGAAAAACUUUGUUGGAAAAGUAGCUGUGAUGUUGGGAAUUGGAACAGAGGGACCUCAUGUUGGAGUUGUACAAGCCAGUGAACAUCCAAAAAUUGAAUUCUAUCUGAAAAACUUCACUGCUGCUAAAGAUGUUUUGUUUGCCAUAAAGGAAUUAGGGUUCAGAGGAGGCAAUUCUAAUACAGGAAAGGCUUUGAAGUACACAGCUCAGAAAUUCUUCUCUUUGGAAAAUGGAGCACGCAAAGGAAUUCCCAAGAUCAUUGUUGUGUUCCUAGAUGGCUGGCCCUCAGAUGAUCUAGAAGAAGCUGGCAUAGUGGCCAGAGAAUUUGGAGUCAAUGUGUUCAUUGUAUCUGUAGCAAAACCCACAACAGAGGAGCUAGGAAUGGUGCAAGACAUUGGUUUUGUUGACAAAGCUGUUUGUCGAAACAAUGGCUUCUUCUCUUACCAAAUGCCCACCUGGUUUGGCACUACCAAAUAUGUGAAACCUCUUGUCCAGAAAUUGUGUUCACACGAGCAGAUGUUGUGCAGUAAGACGUGCUACAACUCCGUCAACAUCGGCUUCUUGAUAGAUGGUUCCAGCAGCGUUGGAGAAAGCAACUUCCGCCUUGUGCUUGAGUUCAUCAGUAAUGUUGCAAAAGCUUUUGAGAUCUCUGACAUAGGUUCCAAGAUUGCAGCUGUGCAGUUCACAUAUGACCAGCGUACCGAGUUCAGCUUCACAGACUACACCACAAAAGAAAAGGUCCUCUCAGCUAUCCGGAACAUUCGCUACAUGAGCGGUGGCACCGCUACUGGCGAUGCCAUUUCUUUCACUACUAGAAAUGUGUUUGGGCCAAUGAAAGAUGGACCUAACAAAAAUUUCCUUGUUGUGUUGACUGAUGGUCAGUCUUAUGAUGAUGUUAGAGGACCUUCUGCUGCUGCACAAAAAGCAGGAAUAACCGUCUUCUCUGUCGGUGUUGCCUGGGCACCUCUGGAUGAUCUGAAAGACAUGGCUUCUGAACCAAGAGAAUCUCAUACUUUCUUCACUAGGGAGUUCACAGGAUUGGAGCAGAUGGUUCCUGAUCUUAUUAGGGGCAUCUGUAAAGAUUUUUUGGACUCAAAACAAUGAAGUGAAAAUCUGCUGUUGGAUAUUACUAAUUGGAAACAAAAAAUAAUGAAAUUGGAAAGGUCCCUCUCAAGUACAGAUGUUUCAUUCUUGUAUAUACUAUCAUACUGCAAGGGAAAAAGAUGGGCUAUUUUUUUGUUUCUGUAGGCAGUUGAGGAUUCAUGUGGGCUUGAUAGAAGUUGCAUUUAAUACUGAAAUGCAGAAUUUGGCCAACAGCUAUUGUUUCCUAUAUAGAGUAUCCCCAAGAUUAAAGCUAUGCAUAUCAUGCACUUCAGGCUACCAGAUCUCAGCAAAGGAAACAAUACAGUUCUGCCACUUUUGCUGCCACUUGCUAGAUGUCUUCAUAUGAGUUUAAAGUAAUUUUAAAUACACAGUACUAUCUUCUAUAAGCCUUCUGUAGAUUAUGAUUCUGUAACUUUUCAAGGAGUUCUAAUAUCAUGAAGUACUUCCAGUGCUUCAGUUGUGCAACAUCAAUUGUUUCCAGGCAGUUUAGGAAAACGUAUGACAGUUUGUAGCUAAGCAGAAUUUUUACUAGUUGAGGUUUUGCUUUGUGCAUGAUACUGACAUCGGGUUGGCAAAGCUUACAUCAAAAGAGGUUUAACUGCCACACACAGGUUUCUAUGGAUCUAUGUUGCUUGGUUCUUCUGGCACACAUUUUGAAAGAUAUUUAAGGCAUAGUAGUUCUUUUUGAGGAUCUGGAUCCUAAUAUAUUAACUGAUACUGCUGCUUCCUACACGAUUGAAGUCAACAGUGAUAUUCCUAAUUUAUCUGAUAACCAGAUUUUUUUCCUGUCUACUGCUUUGCACUAUCUUAAUUUCACAGAGUUGUUAUUGGCUAGACAGUUAGAGACCAGAAUCUUGGACAAAGAGAUUGAAUUAGCCCACACACUGAGAACUCAAAGCAUUAAAAUUCAAAUCCAAAGGUAUCUCAAACCUUGAAACUUAACGCAUUUUAGAUCAGAUUUCAUGGUUAGAAAAAAAAAAAGCAGGCAGACACUUAAAUGGGAUUCAAUAGCUCACAGAAUAACAGCUUUCUAAUGCUAGUAAAAACAUCUUCAGGGUUGUGUGAGGUUCUUUGAAGAUGAAAUAAUAUUUUUUUUUAAAAAAAAGCUUUAAUUUGAUUACUGACCUAAUAAUGUGUUGAUAUUCUUACACCUACAUGCAUGUGGUUAAAAUUAUACAAUAUUUCAAUGAGUUAUUCCAGAUUAAUGGAGUAUUCUUUAGAAAAUAAAAGGUUUUUGCAAAUGAAGUAUAUAGUAAAAAAAAAAAACAGCACUUUCCCUAUCAAUAUAGGGUUUCCCUUUUUUCAUACCUCCCCUGCUACUGAUUGUAAAAUUCAUAGUAGUUAUGGAGUGGCACAGAAGGGAUUGUAUUCAUCAGGCUUUUGUUGUGCAUUUUUAAAUUAACUUAUGACUGGCUAUGUAUUACACUAAACAUGAAUGGCAGAGAUACCUUGUAUUUUUCUAUCAAUUGUUAUCCUUAAUUUUGUUACGUGUUUAUAGAGAAGAGUAUUCAGCUAUUGCUGUAUAAAUUCAUAUGCAAUAUCAACUUUGUGCAAAAAUUUAAUUCAUUUACUUUAUGAACUUUUUACAGAAAUAUAUAUUGCAAGAAAACUGGGAUUGCUGCUCUUUUAAUAUCCUGUGACAUAGAAGUCUUAUGAUGAUGAACCUCAUGUAAUAGCUUGAAUAAGUUCCAUGUGAUGUUCCCUGUCUGCAUUAUCUUAAAUCCCAGUUUGCAAAAGAAAAAAUCAUAAAGCAUCCUCAAAUAGCAAGGAUACUAUUUAUACAAAUAUUUUUAUUUCAAUGAGUCUAUAUCAGUUUUAGUCAUUGUUCAUAAUAGGUGUGAUGCUAGUUGAAUCUUCUGAACAUAAAUCACACAACAGCUAGUAGAAUCACAUUUACCCUUCCAUUUUGUUUUUACUAUUGCAAAGGAGAAAGCAGCUUUACUCAUGUCAUUCAUUCACCAUGGAAAAAGCAGGUCUGGAUCUCUGGGACACUGAAACCUGCAGAGCUAAAUAUCCAUAUAUUUUCCAUUCCAUACAAAUGCUGGCAACACAUUACUUGCACACUUCAUACAGCUCUGUUACACUGAGGAACUGGUGGGUACACAGAAUACUUUUAUUUUUAAAUACACAGUUUAUGUGGGAGCAAGCAUCUGAGAGCACAGUUUUGAUAUGGAAUAAACAUCGGUUGGCUAAAGAUAAAAGGCUUGAGAC